CGAUGUGCAGGAGUGGCUCUCAGCUACAGUGACAUAGCUAGCUUUUUGUUGUAUAGUCCAUGCUCUUGGGGUUUCUCCCUUAUCACCCCUCUGAUGGCUGUUAGGGAACCGGCAAAACCCUCGCUUCCUCUUUAAUUAGGGCUUCAGCGACUUCUCAACCAAUGUUUUGAUUAUUUACCUCUGUGUCUUCCUCUUCCUUCUCAAGACUGCUGCAGCAGCAGCAGUAGUAGUAGUGCAUGCAGCAGAGAGCAGGCUGGGCGUCUCUAUAAAUUGCUUCUUGUGAGGGGGAAUCGAUGGAGUUCAGAAAUCAAGAUGGUGACGUGCAGUUGCCUUCCUCCUCUUCUCCUCCUCCUUUUACUUUGAUCUAUAGCCCUCCUCCCAUCAGAGGAUCUGCUUUCUCGAAGCCUGUACUUCAUGCUUCUUCCUCUCUCUCGUCCCCAAAAGGUGACGGUGGUGGUGGUGCAAGAAAUGGCGCUGCUAAUUUUGGGAGCUCUGCAAGAGUGGGUAACCAGGAUCCGGCCCCCAUUUCCACUCUGUUUCCCAGCUCCAAGUCCUACUCCGGCGAAGGCGGCAAGGCCGCAGACGAGGCGGCCGUGAGGUACAAGGAGUGCCUGCGUAACCACGCGGCGGCGGCCGGAGGCCAUAUCCUCGACGGGUGCGGCGAGUUCAUGCCCAAUGGCAUCGACGCGCUCAAGUGCGCCGCCUGCGGCUGCCACCGGAGCUUCCACAGGAGGGACUCCGACGCGGACGCGGACGACGUCGGCAGUCAUCAUCGCGGCGGCGCGCACCUGCCCCCGUCUCUCUUGCUACCCCCGCCGCUGCCACCGCAUUAUCACCACCACAGGACGGCGGCGUACGGCGGAGGGGGGUUCGCGAGCCCGCCUCUGCUGCCGUCGCGGGUGGUGCCGGUCUCGUCCUCGGGGGUGAUGGCGAGCGGAGGCACGACGACGGAGUCGUCGAGCGAGGAGAGGGUGGUGGGGGGAGCACCGACGAGGAAGCGGUUCCGGACCAAGUUCACGGCGGAGCAGAAGGAGAAGAUGGUGGCGUUCGCGGAGCGCAUCGGGUGGCGGCUCCAGCGCCACGAGGAGGCGCUGGUGGAGCAAUUCUGCGCCGAGACCGGCAUCAAGCGUCACGUGUUAAAAGUCUGGAUGCACAACAACAAGCACUCCAUCAAAAAGCAGCAGCAGCAACAAGAGCAGCAGCUUCCACCACAAGAACUGCUCCAACUCACGGCACAAGAGCAGUAGCCCAACAACCUCAAUCUUGAUUUAAGAAGAAGAAGAAAUGGUGUUCAAAUAUUACAAUAUUUUCUGCAGCUUAUGCUACUAGUAGAAAUUAGAUCGAUUGAAACGCUACUAGAGAUGGUUAGUUUAGUAUUCCAAUUUCUUUAAAUAUUUGCUGGAUUCUGUGGUGAGAGGAGUUCAGAUUACCACCUCCAUGGAUGUUAUAUAUUAAUCUUUACUACUGUUCUUCGCCCCCUGAAGCAAUUUCCAGUCCGAUAAUGCAUGUUCCUAGCUAUUUAGCUUGAGCAAGAGAAAA